AUGAGAAUUCACACAGGAGAAAAGCCUUAUGUCUGCCAGCAGUGUGGAAAGCAUUUCAAUCGAGAAGUAACUCUUAAAAGACACGUUAGAAUUCACAAUGGAGAGAAGCCGUACACAUGCCAACAGUGUGGAAGGAGUUUCACUCAGCUUGGAAACCUUGGAGUCCACAUGAGUGUUCACACUGGAGAGAAGCCUUACAAAUGCCAACAGUGUGGAAAAAGUUUCAACCGGAAAGGAAACCUUCUUUCCCACAUGACCGUUCACACUGGAGAGAGCCUUUUCACCUGCCAACAGUGUGGAAUGAGUUUCACUCAAAAAGAAAGCUUUAACAGACACAUGAGAGUUCACAAUGGAGAGCAGCCUUACACAUGCCAACAGUGUGGAAAGUGUUUUGUUCAACAUGAAAACCUUAAAGUCCACAUGAAAAUUCAUGGAGGGAAACCCUACACGUGCUCCGAGUGUGGGAAGAGUUUCCGUCAAAAACGACACUUUGAAGGCCACAUGAGAAUUCACUCUGGAGAGCAACCCUACACAUGCCCUCAGUGCGGAAAGAGUUUCAAUUAUAAACAACACUUGGAAGACCACAUAAGAACUCACACUGGAGAGAAGCCUUUCACCUGCCAACAGUGUGGAAGAAAUUUCAACCGGAAAGAUACCCUUAACAGGCACAUGAGAGUUCACACUGGAGAGAAGCCGUUUACAUGUGGUCACUGUGGAAAAAGUUUCGGACAUAAAGCAGCUCUAAAGGCCCACAUGAGUUUUCACUUAUAA